AUGGAUGACGUACGCUUUCGUUCGCAGCACUCGCCGCGGAACGAAGCGUCGAUGGCCAGUUUCGUCUCGCCUCCUCGCAACGGCGGUCGUAUCCCCCAGCAAACCUCCCAUGAUCAACGGGGCAACAUGCCACGAAGAUUCACAACCGAUUCUAGUCGAGUGCCGACUCUUUCGUCAAUGACUGCAGCGUUGACCUCGCCUCCAAGAGGCCUUGGGUUGGAUUCCACCCCAGACUACAAUAACAUAGAGCAAAAGAAACUUGAGUAUGAGAGGAUUCGUGAACAGAGGAGGCGCUUCGAGUUGGAGAUGCAAAGGCUUGAUCAGCAGCAGCGCCGCGAAGCCCAAGAGUUGGCUCAGAUGGAGGAGGAAAUUCGAAUUGCAGGACAUCAGUCCGAACCGACAACACCUCCAGAAUACCGGGAUAAUUCGGGUUUCCCAUCUAUCUUCUCGCGGCCAAACCGUUAUUCGACUUCCAGCCUUGCGUCUCCCCCGGGCUUCAACCGUCCAGCUCGAUCUGGAUCACAGUUAACAUCCCCACCAUCUGGGUUGACGCAGCAAAGAUAUGGGUUUGAUGAGAGAGCAAUGCCCUCUCGCUCGGACCCGAAUACGAGGCGUAACAGUGACGACGAAGAAAAAGAAGAGGCCGUGCGACAGGACCCGACUAGUCAUAGGUCCACAAAUGCGUCGCGUAACGGAUUGUACGAUAUGAACCUUGACCAAACCAAUACAACCCGUUUCCUAUUUGGAGACGACGAGCCCAAUUCACUGCCUCGUGGCCGCACACCGGACGACAACUUCCCCACCCUCGUGCGUCGAGAGGAUCAAAUGCUUUCUGCAUCUUCAGCUGCACUCGAUCUUGCCUUGUCCCCGUCACCCAAUCCUGAAAAGUCCAACGGCUGGAAUCGUGUUAACCGUCAUCGGCACCAACAGAGCAUGUCAGCGAUCAACGGAUCAUCGUCUAGCAAAUCCAACGAAGUCAUCACUAUCGGUAAUCGACCUCAGUCUUUACGUCAUUCUCUUGAUCUCAAGUACAUCUCAGAGAGCCCAGCAGAGCCUUCAUCUGUCGCUAUGUCACCCCAGAGCAGCCAUAUGGCAUCCCCUCCUCGCCUUCAGAGCUCUUUCUCAGCCAACGAUGUGCCUACUGUUAAGAACACGUCCGGGUCGUCUAUAUUGUCAGGCAAUGCCAAUAAUCACGCUCAGCAACACUUCCACAAUCAUAAUGCCAACAUGGGCCGGAUCCCAGCUGGUGCAAUGCCCUCACGUCAUAAUCGUGAGCUGUCGAGUGACAACAGCAUGAAUAAUGGCCGCGAGCAGUCUAAUGGCUUUCAGUCUAUCCAGUCCGCUCUGCAGGCGAGUGCUGCACCCUUUGGCCCGAGUCUUACCACCGCAGUACAAGUUAGCUCGGCUACCGCCAUUUCUGGCCCUUCGACCACGGCUACAGCCAACUCUUUUAGCACCUUUUAUACACCAAAUGGAUAUGGCUCCAAUGCGACUGGUUCAAGUGGCAGCUUCGGCAUGCCAAAGCUUACGGCAGGGAUGCAGCAGAUGAGCAUGAACGGUGUUAACGGGGCCACCUUGUAUCCUGCUCAGAACUACACUGGAUAUGGCUCAUUGUCAUACAAUCAGGGUGCUGGUCAGCCGCGAGACAGCCAAGCCCGCGUUAUCCAACAUCGGCGUCAGCUCGACAAUGAAGCCAUGUCUCGCUAUCAAAACAUGCCUCUUGAAUCCUUCCGAGGACAAAUUUAUGAACUGUGCAAGGACCAACACGGCUGCCGCUAUCUCCAAAAGAAGUUAGAGGAACGCAAUCCCGAACAGGUUCAUAUGAUUUGGCUCGAGACCAACCAACAUGUCAUCGAGCUCAUGACGGACCCCUUUGGUAAUUAUUUGUGCCAAAAGCUCCUCGAGUUCUGCAAUGACGAUGAGCGCACUGUUUUGAUUCAGAAUGCAUCGCAGGAUAUGGUGCGUAUUGCGCUCAACCAGCAUGGAACACGAGCACUGCAAAAGAUGAUUGAAUACGUUAGCACCCCUCAGCAGGUGCAUCUUAUCAUUGAGGCUCUACGAUUUCGCGUUGUUGAGCUUAUUCAGGAUCUCAAUGGCAAUCACGUUAUCCAGAAGUGCCUGAACAAGCUUACAUCGCUCGAUGCCCAGUUCAUUUUCGAUGCUGUUGGCAACAACUGCGUCGAGGUAGGCACCCACAGACACGGUUGCUGUGUGCUGCAACGCUGCAUCGAUCACGCCUCUGGUGAGCAGAAGCCUUGGCUAGUCGGACGUAUCACAGAACACGCACGUAUCCUCGUGCAGGAUCCUUUCGGCAACUAUGUUGUUCAGUAUAUCAUUGAUCUCAAUGAGCCAAGUUUCACAGAGCCCAUGGUUGCCAUGUUCCAAGGCUGCAUCAGCCAACUUUCACGGCACAAGUUCAGUUCCAAUGUCAUCGAGAAGUGUUUGCGGUGCUCCCAGGCGCCAUCCAAGGACAUGAUUGUUGAAGAGCUGCUUGCACCCCAGGAGAUGGAGCGGCUACUUCGUGACUCCUUCGCCAACUACGUUAUUCAAACCGCUCUUGAAUUUGCCACGCCUCACCAGAAGUACCGUCUAGUUGAAUCGAUUCGACCCAUUCUGCCACAGAUCCGUACAACGCCUUAUGGCCGCCGCAUUCAAGCAAAGGUUUCAGCUUAUGAUAACCGCGGAAGUGCAGCCUCCAGUGGUCAGGUUACACCUGCAGAUAAUACCCAAGGCCAGAUCCCUCUCCGUCAGGGCCAUAACCGUGGCAUGUCAGGAAAUGCUCCAAUGUUGCCGAGCAAUGGCAUCACAAAUGGAGGAUUGACUGGGCUUGGAGCCAACCAAGGUGUUCGUCAGGGCGUGGCAUCGUAUCCUAACAGCUCUGUCCUGACAGUUCCUCCUCCAUCCGGGUCAGCCCCUGUUCAGCAACCUCAAAGCCAGCAGCAACAGUCUCAGUUCAACCAAAGAGCACCAGGUAGUUUCACACCGUCACAUUCUGCAAAUGCGUCUGUGGAUGCCAGCGGCGAGACUCGCUGGGUGUAA